GACGAAGAUGCCACCGCUGUGCCGGCGUCCGAGCCGCCACGUCCUUCUUCUCCUACUGGCCAUGCUGCUGCCCUCGUCACCCCCGGCCCGCGCCCCCGCGCCCCCGGGCCCCGCCGCCGCCCUACUCCAGGCUCUCGGGUUUCCCGAUGUGCCCCGGGGCGCCCCCAAGUCCCGGCCUGUACCCCCUGUCAUGUGGCGCCUUUUCCGCCGCCGGGACCACCAGGAGGCCAGGGCGGGCCCUCGGAGGACGCCCCUGGGGACUACCCUGCGGCCGUGCCAUAUGGAGGAGCUGGGGGUCGCCGGAAACAUCGUGCGCCACGUCCCGGACCGCGGCGCGGCCGCCCGGCCCCCGGAGCCCGCCUCAGCUGCGGGACAGUGCCCUGAGUGGACCGUCGUCUUCGACCUGUCGGCCGUGGAGCCAGCCGAGCGCCCGAGCCAGGCCCGCCUGGAGCUGCGCUUCGCGGCUACAGAGGCGACGGCGGGGACGGCGGGCGGCUGGGAGCUGAGCGUGGCGCCGGCGGGCGCGGGCCCCGGGCAGGUGGUGCUCCGCCAGGCGGUGUCCGCCCUGGGAAUGCCGGUGCGCGCCGAGCUGCUGGGCGCCGCCUGGGCCCGCAACACCUCGGCGCCGCGCAGCCUCCGCCUGACUCUGGCGCUGCGUCCCCGGGCUCCCGCUGCCUGCGCGAGCCUGGCCGAGGCCUCGCUGCUGCUGGUGACCCUCGACCCGCGCCUGUGCCACCCCCUGGCCCGGCCGCGGCGCGAGGCCGAGCCCGCAGUGGGCGGCGGCCCUGGGGGCGCGUGUCGCGCGCGGCGGCUCUACGUGAGCUUCCGCGAGGUGGGCUGGCACCGCUGGGUCAUCGCGCCACGCGGCUUCCUGGCCAACUACUGCCAGGGCAAGUGCGGGCUGCCCGCCGCGCUGUCCGAACCCGGCGGGACGCCCGCGCUCAACCACGCUGUGCUGCGCGCGCUCAUGCACGCGGCCGCCCCUAGCGCCGCCGCCGGCCUUCCCUGCUGCGUGCCCGCGCGCCUGUCGCCCAUCUCCGUGCUCUUCUUCGAUAACAGCGACAACGUGGUACUGCGGCACUACGAAGACAUGGUGGUGGAUGAGUGCGGCUGCCGCUGACCGGGGGCGGGCGGGAGAGGGCAACAAUAAACACUGCGUGGUCCGCUCUGCUGCCUUCUCGGGUCUUGUCACCUGGGAGUGGGGACGGAAGCAGCUAUGUCCAUCACCAUCGACCACCAGGAUGGUGGGUGGAGGUCCUACAAGUGACGCCGCCGGCGCAGCCUUCCCAGAACCCAUCUCUAGGGGGCCCAACGUCUAAUGUACACGGGCCCCAGGAACUGACCCUGCGUAGGCCCAGAUUCCCCAACUCCCGUCCCUGCUGCACAGGUUUGGCCCGUCUCAGCUUUGCCGUUGAGGUGGCUCCGAAUCCCCCACCCCCAACCAAGCAGAACCCCAAACCAAGUGCUCUGCCACCCCCUGUAGUUAUCCAGCCCCAGUGUGAAUGCAGAGCUGUUUAUUAAGAUUUUAUUGGUGACAAAAGAAGUUAAAACAAAUUGACCGAAAAUCAAA